AUGAUGAUUCGUAUAUCAACUCGUUUCUUGAGCGCUUGUCCCAAAUGUCAUUUACUUGUUUGUCAACAUACCAGCCUUGCUGAUUUGAAUUUUAAUCCAGAUCAACAACAACAAUCAGCGAAUGGAACAAAUUUGUACUUGUUUCCAAGCGAUGUAGCAGAUAUUCGGUAUAGCUGGACAACGUGUGGCACGGAAUCGAUCGAAAGUACUCACACGUUGAGAAAUACGGAAGUGAUUCCAUUUGCUAACGAAAGUCGCGUUCAUUCAUCGUCGUCGUCAUCAGCAACAACGUUGGAUCCGCUUCAUUUGGAAGGAGUCACAUCGAAAUUGUCGAUUGAUUUAACAAAAAGUUUAUCCUAUUCAACUUUAUAUGGACCUUCAUCUCAAAUCCAACAUGAAGAUCAUGCAUCGAUCAAAUCUCACUCAAGGAAAUCAUUUUCUAUCUUCAGCUUCCUCAUUCUCUCAUUUCUUUUUACAAACAUUCUCGAUAUUGUUCUCAUAUACAUCUAUUAUCAUACCAAUUCAUUCUAUUUCUUCAGUUUUCUCAGUACGAUUAUUCUAUGUGAUUUGAUUCUCUGGAUAAACCAUCUGCUUCAGUAUAAAACCGCUCUAUCUUACUUCUUCUUGAUCCCGUUCAUGAAUCGAUUCUAUUUACUUUACGAACUAAUCGAUUUUCUCACUCUGGCUUUCGAUAAACACGAACGAUUACACCGAUCGAAUUCGCUAUCAUCUACAACACUGGAACUUCAACAUGAUACAACAUUAAUUCGUUGCUCAAGAAAACAAAAAUUGUAUUAUGGACUGUCGGUGUUCUAUCUCAUUCACGCAGGUUUAUUCUCCUUGAUAAAUUUUUAUUUUUGGUCAAAUAACUUCGAAUUAUCCAUUCAAUCUUCCAUUCACAUGAACUAUUUUCUUCCACGCUGGUUAUCGGAUGAUGUUCUAUCACCAGCAGAAAGCAAUGCACUUCCUGUUCAUUCUCCAACCAGUUAUUGGCAAAAAUUUCAUCUUCACGAAAGUUAUCUUUCUCAUCGAAUAUUCUCGUCCAACUGGACACAGAUUUUCUUUCCAACCUAUAUUCCAAUCUUCAUUCGUCUUCCAUCGUUAUCUUGCUAUGUGUUUCUCAAUAUUCUCUAUUACAUCGUGAUCAACUAUUGUCUUCUAUCAACAUUUCUUCGUUUCCAACAGUGUUCGCUCAUAAUUCUUCCAUCAAUCUUUUCGCGGCUGUGUUCAAUUGUUACACGUCUGUAUACCAUUCUCUUUCUUCUUCGUUUCGGUAUUUGGUGGCUCUCGAUCAUUUGUCUUCUUCUUCAUUUAACUUUCAUCUUCAUUUUCUUAUUUGAUCAAUUCAAAUAUCAACAUAAACGAAAUACAAUCUUCUUGCAAAUGAUCUUUUCUUUCUUAACACCAAAUGCCAUCGAUCAUCUCGCUGUUCAAGCGUUGAUUUCGUUAGAAAAUCUACUCAUUUUCCUCUCUUGUCUCUACUUCGAAAUCUUCUCGUUUGAUUAUAAUCAAACUACAUUACGUCUGAUUAUUUUUCUCUCCAUACUUAUUGCCGUACAAAUUCUCGCGUUCAUAUUCGACAUUCUCUCGAAGAACAUCGUCUAUCGACGAAAAAUUCGAUAUCUAUGUGAAUAA